AUGCUUUUGUGUCUGAUAUCAGCACAUGACCUGCAAGGUUCCGGUGUGCGCUUACAGACGUACCUACCCUGUCUCAUCUCCACCGAGUUCACCAAGGUACCAGCCAGCAAACCCUUUGUGCCAUCAGCGGAUGUCUUCGCGGCUGCGGCCUGGACAUGCUGGGAGUUGAGCAGAAUAGUUGUGGUUACUUUUAUCAUGAUGUACUGA